CCCUCCCGUCAGCUCGCCGGCUGCCAGCCCCGGGACCUUUUCAUCUCUUCCCUUUUGGCCGGAGGAGCCGAGUUCAGAUCCGCCACUCCGCACGGAGACUGACACAGUGAACUCCGUUUCCUUCUCUUAAAUUUAUUCCUGCUGCUGCAUAGCCCCAUCUCUUUUUUCCUCCCGCUUGUUACUCCAAGAAAACUUUUUCUUACUCCCAAAAGUCAGUUUCCCCCUGCCCAUCCAGUACUAAUAUUUACACUUGGGGAACGAUUCGCAUUUUCUUUCUUUCUUUCUUUUUUUUUUUUAAGGAAUUCAAGCAAGAGAUAUUUUUCUAUUGAGAAUCGACUCUCAAUUGAUGGCAAAAGUUUCGCAUUAAAAAAAAAAACUCUACCUGAUCUAUACUUUGAGAAUUGUCACUUUCUUUUUAAUUUUUUUUUUUUUUUUGUUUUUACGUUUUCCACCUUUUUUGCAAAAAUGCACUACUGUGUGCUGAGCGCUUUUCUGGUGCUGCAUCUGGUCACGGUGGCGCUGAGCCUGUCUACCUGCAGCACGCUCGAUAUGGACCAGUUUAUGCGCAAGAGGAUCGAGGCGAUCCGCGGGCAGAUCCUCAGCAAGCUGAAGCUCACCAGCCCCCCAGAAGACUAUCCGGAGCCCGACGAAGUCCCCCCUGAGGUGAUUUCCAUCUACAACAGCACCAGGGACUUGCUCCAGGAGAAAGCGAGCCGGCGAGCUGCCGCCUGCGAGCGCGAGAGGAGCGACGAGGAGUACUACGCCAAGGAGGUUUACAAAAUCGACAUGCCGCCCUUCUUCCCCUCCGAAACUGUCUGCCCAGUUGUUACAACACCCUCUGGCUCAGUGGGCAGCUUGUGUUCCAGACAGUCCCAGGUGCUCUGUGGGUACCUUGACGCCAUCCCGCCCACUUUCUACAGACCCUACUUCAGAAUUGUCCGAUUCGAUGUCUCAGCGAUGGAGAAGAAUGCUUCCAAUUUGGUGAAAGCAGAGUUCAGAGUCUUUCGUUUGCAGAACCCAAAAGCCAGAGUGCCUGAACAACGGAUAGAACUGUAUCAGAUUCUGAAAUCCAAAGAUUUAACAUCCCCAACCCAGCGCUACAUCGACAGCAAAGUCGUGAAAACAAGAGCUGAAGGCGAAUGGCUCUCCUUUGAUGUAACUGACGCUGUUCAUGAAUGGCUUCACCAUAAAGACAGGAACCUGGGAUUUAAAAUAAGUUUGCACUGUCCGUGCUGUACCUUUGUACCAUCCAACAAUUACAUCAUCCCAAAUAAAAGCGAAGAGCUAGAAGCAAGAUUUGCAGGUAUUGAUGGCACCUCCACAUAUACCAGUGGUGAUCAGAAAACUAUAAAGUCCACUAGGAAAAAAAACAGUGGGAAGACCCCACAUCUCCUGCUAAUGUUGUUGCCCUCCUACAGACUUGAGUCACAACAGUCCAACCGGCGGAAGAAGCGUGCCCUGGAUGCCGCCUAUUGCUUUAGAAAUGUGCAGGAUAAUUGCUGCCUACGUCCACUUUACAUUGAUUUCAAGAGGGAUCUUGGGUGGAAAUGGAUACAUGAACCUAAAGGGUACAAUGCUAACUUCUGUGCUGGCGCGUGCCCAUAUUUGUGGAGUUCAGACACUCAGCACAGUAGGGUCCUCAGCUUAUAUAAUACCAUCAAUCCAGAAGCAUCUGCUUCUCCGUGCUGUGUGUCCCAGGAUUUAGAACCGCUAACCAUUCUCUACUACAUCGGCAAAACACCCAAGAUCGAACAGCUUUCUAAUAUGAUCGUGAAGUCUUGCAAAUGCAGCUAAAAUCCUUGGAAGAGCGGCAAGACAAUAAUCAUGAUGUUGACGAUGAUGAUAAUGACAGCAAUAACGAUGUGGUAACCAGAAAACAUAAGAGAGCCUCAGUUCAUCAGUGUUAAAAAAAAAAAAAAAAUUGAAAAAGCGGUACUAGUUCAAACACUUUGGAAGUUUGUGUUUUGUUUGUUAAAACUGGCAUCUGAAACAACAACAAAAAAGUCAAAGGCCUUAUUCUACAUUUCACUACUCUGUAAGGGAGAGAGACAAGAAGCAAAACGUUUUUUUUUUUAAGAAAAAAAUAAACACUGGAAGAAUUUGUUAGUAUUAAUUAUGUGAAAGAAAAAAACAAAAAGGAAAAAAACCCAGGAAAAUCGCGUUAAGUGGAGUUGCUGUACGUACCGAUCCUAUCCCAUGCCUCACUUGAUUUUUCUGUAUUGCUAUAUGCAAUAGGCACCCUUCCCAUUCUCACUCCUAGACUUAACAGUGAAUUAUUUAUUGUGUGUUACUAUCUAAUGAACGUUUCAUUACCCUUGGAAAAUAAAACAGGUGUAUAAAGUGGAGACCAAAUAAAUACUUUGCCAGAAACUCGUGGAUGGCUUAAGGAACUUGAACUCAAACGAGCCAGAAAAAAAAAAAAAGGUCAUGUUAAUGGGAUGAAAACCCAAGUGAGCUAUUAUAUGACCAAACAAGUCUGCGUUUUAAGAUAAAGACCCUGAAAAUACAUGCUAUAUACCAACUGCAUAAAGAAGCUUCUUGUAAGGUUCAAGAACUGAAAAGUCUGUCAAUAAAGGAAACUUUCCGUCA